GGCAUGGUCCGGCGUCCCCGGGCCGUCGGACCACAGCAUGGCAUGGUCCGCCGUCCCCGAAUUGACAACGCCCCCAGGACGACACCGUGCCAUGGUCCGGCGUCCCGGAGGCGCCGGACCAUGCCGUGGCAUGGUCCGUAUCCAGGAGGCGUCGGCGAAGACAUGGUAUGGUCCGGCGACCCGAAACGCCGUGCACAUGCGAUGGUUCUUGCCGGAUCCUCUGGGACGCCGGGCCACAGCAUUGCGUGGUUCCAUUCCAGGUGACCGUGGCGAAGAAGCGGCGGCGGAGGAUGAUGAUGAUGAUGAUGAUGAUGAUGAUGAUGAUGAUGAUGAUGAUGAUGAUGAUGAGGAGGAGGAGGAGGAGGAGGAGGAAGAGGAAGAGGAGAAGGAGGAGGAGAACUAUUGCUGCCGAUUGAAACCUGAAACGCCGGGAAGAGGAGGAGGAAGAGGAGGAGGAGGAGGAGGAGGAGGAGGAAGAGGAGGAGGAGGGGGACGAGGAGGAGAGGGGGGAGGACGGCGAGGAGGAGGAGGAGGAGGAGGACGAAGAGGAGGAGGAGGAGGAAGAGGAGGAGGAGGAAGAGGAGGAGGAGGAGGAGGAGGAGGAGGAGGAGGAGGAGGAGGAAGAGGAGAACGAAGAGGAGGAGGAGGAGGAGGAGGAGGAGGAGGAGGAGGAGGAGGAAGAGAAGGAGGAGGAAGAGAGGAAGAAGAGGAGGAGGAGGAAUGUGAAGAGUGCGAAGAGGAGGAGGAGGAGGAGGAAGAGGAGGAGAAGGAGGAGGAGAAAGAGGAGGAGGAGGAGGAGGAGGAAGAGGAGGAGGAGGAGGACGAGGAGGAAAAGGGCGAGGCCGGCGAGGAAGAGGAGGAGGAGGAGUGCGAAGAGGCCUGCCGCCAUAUUGUCGGCAUUACACAGUGCGACAGAUUGCAGGCAGAGGUUGCACAGGCCCUCCGAAAGAUCGGCGCCGUCGAUCCGCCGGACCAUCGGAGGGCCUGGCCUGCUUGCUCGUCAGGGGUCUCAACGCCGAAGGUUGUCGGAAGGGCGGUCACGUUCCAAGGGAAGUAUUGGGCAAUCGAUUGGCGCCUCGGUAUGAAGGUCCCCUGUUGCGGGCCAUGCAUUUUCUUGUGGGAUGAGAGUGGCAGUUACUACCCGUGCGGGGGUAUCAAGACUUACUCGUUUGAUAAGAACAUGCUUGACGAGGAGUACAUGAGAUUCCAUUUGACGACGUGUUUCGACAGCAAUGGUCACGAGGUGCCUGACAACUACAAGCUCGUGUCUCUCCAAGUCGACAAGUUCCAAGGUUACGGCAUCCGGGCUGCAUCAAUGCCGCCGUUCGACAAGUCGAAGAAGAAGGAUGCCUCGCAGAUGGUGAUGCUAAGGCCAUUCGAGUUCCUCAAACGCAUUAAUUGCUAUAAGUUGUCCGGCCAUAUCGUGGCGAUUGACAACAAGCUGCAGUUGUCAACUCCCUUCGUGCCGUUCGACUGUGAUCUUGGAGACUUUGCAGACAUGGUGCGACGGCACAAGCUGCAGGCGAUGGGCCAAGUCGUUUUGCGAACUACCAUGUUUGUGAGCUUGCCACAGGUGGUAGGCAAGAGUUGUGGGGAGCCGAAAACAUCCGCCCGUAUGAGAAAAAGUGGGGCCGCAUCGACACCGGCAAAGAGCGUGAGCAAAUCAGCUUCUCUGCUCCAACCGAAGGGUGUGUCUGCGACGUGGGCACCAUCACAUGCAGACUAUGUGGCACGCGUUUCUUUGACUCCGGCUGGUGGGGUCACUGACCAUGAGGAUGACGACGAAAACACAGAGGAGGACUCGCGCUUCAGACAGUGGGACGGUGGGCGGUGGGCCGAUGGCAAUGACGCGAAAGACACGGAAGGGGACGACGACGAACAGCAGUUCAGCGACGGUACACACGAUGAAGGGGGAAGCUUGAAGGAUGACUUGGCCGAAGGCGACGAUAGUGAAAGCCAAGAGGAUGAUGGUCACGAAGACGAUGGGAGUGAAGAAGAAGAAAAUGAGGAUGCAAGUGACCAGGAGGCCGCAGAACGAGAGGACAGCUACGAAGGGGGGAGCGAAGGAGAUGAGGGUGGGGCGGACGACGAUGACAACGGGAAUAGAGGGUCGCAGGAAAGGCGGGAACAGUCUUUCCGUGGCAAUAGUCAUGAUGGUCCGGCAGAAGAUGACGAUGUGUUGCAUGGCACACAGAGGUCUAUGUGCAUGCACAAGAGGAAAAUGAGAUGUGGGAAAGCAGAGGAAGAGAAGCGGAGACAAGCUAAGCUCAUCAGCCUACAGGCCUCAAAGGAGGCUUACAAGAGAUCCUUAGAGGCGCAAUCCGCUAAACCAGCAAAGGAAAAGCGUGAACGCACUCAAUCUUCCCAGAGGCUGAAGAAGAAAGCAAAGACCGAAGAGACAAAGGAAGUGGCAGACUCUGGGGACAAAGCGGCGGAGGUCGACCCGAGACAUACAAUGUCAAAGCCUGGAGAGUUGACCAACGACACUAUCGACACCACAAAAUGUUUUUUCCUGGAAUACGACGAGGACGGGAAUGCGAUAGAUCGGCCUACCCAAGUUUUCGUUGAUGUGGCCAAAAUACUGCCCAACCCUUCGGAAGGCGUGCAAUACAACCACAGGCCGUUGAACGAGAUGUCGGUCACCUCCAUCAGGGACGCAAUGGAAUACCCCGAAAAGCAGAAGGAGUGGGACAGAAACACCUGGAUUCUUGCUCAUGUUGUUGAAGUGGAGAGGGAUGGCCGGAAGCGGUGGGAACGUGUGAAGCCGGAGGACAGGGAUGAUGACAAGGUUGCCUCCUACCAUUGGUACACAGUGGCCGACCAACAUAUAGCGGAGGCAGCAAAGAGGCUGGUCGCUGCAAAAUCGUCUGCUGCCCACAAGCAGGGCGUGCAUUCUUGGAAGGCGCGGGUUGUGUUUUUUGACGACGACCAUUUGGAGGGGUAUGCGUACAUCUCCACGUUUGACAACACCAGGGAGACACGUGCUAUCCCGUCAUCGUUUCGAAUGGCUGUGACUCCUAUAAGAGGACUGCGGCAGAGUAUGAAAGAGCCAAAAGGGCAGGACGGCGUGAGACCAGUGGAUCAGGAAGGGAAAGUAGGUGAGGUGGCAGGACCGGGCCCUGCAGCGAAAACGGUGAAAGGCAAAAAAAUGUUGGUGCACUACGUCCAGUCCAACAAAAGCUCACCGGGUUUCUAUGUUUGCAUCAAUGAUUCCCCCGCGAGCGCAUGGAAGGUGUUCGGCGAUUUCACAUCAAGGGAGAAGGAGAUGGCCCUCAAGAAAAUACUUGCGGGACACGUUGUCGUCACGAGCGGAAGGGCAUUUGUGAAAAAACUGAUGAACAUGCAAGACUUGUACGUGGAGGUGAGAAGGGAGAGAUAUAUGGUUCGCAUGUUUAACUAUGUCCUCUUCAAGAUAGAGCAUAGGUCGGAGGGGGAGUGGAAUGACAAGUUCUUCAUUGGCUACGAUACCAUAAUGAGGCGGUUUGCACCACGAGGGUUGACGACAGAGAAAUGGGAAGAAACCAAGUCCAAGAUCGUGGCAGAGAAGACUAUCGAUGUCCCGAAACGAUUGGGCGGCGUGGAUGAGGCAAAACUAAGAAAAGGAAAUGUCGGGGGGUACAAGGUGACGACUGCAAUAUAUAUGGAAUGUCCGUACUUCCUCAAGCUUUUCGUGCAUGAGAUUCUUGGCGCAGUUGAGCAAUUGAGGGACGAGCUAAGACAGAUCAACUCAAAUGCUCAACACAUAAUGUGGGACAAGCGCAAACAUCAUACGACGUAUCUUCCUGUGUGCAUCACACCUAUGGAUGCACUGCACCCGGCAGAAGAUUUAACUCACCGAGACAUGUUCCUGAAGCUCGGCAAGAAGAGGGACUCUCUGUGGAGCUAUCUUUUCUGCAAUGCACCCGCAACACCAACAGAUGCAGAUUAUCUUCACCGUAAGGUGAUAGCGAUCCAGCAUCUACAAGGAUAUCACAACGCCAAACGCGGUGCAAUUGAGAUAUUUCUAGGCCGAUGUGAACACCUGUGGUUUGAAAGGAAGCGAGACAAAAUUGAUGCCAAGGUUUACUGCGAGGUAAUGGAUGUUGGGGAGCAGUUUGACAUUAUGGACAGUGAGGAGGAGACAGAGGAUGAGAAGAUUGACGUGCCAUUGCCGGAUGCACAUCAAAAUGCAGUGAGAGACGAAACGCCUCCGCUGGAAAGAGUCCUCAGGAGCAGGUUUUAUGAAAUCGCAAAGGACAACUUGUCUACCCGCGUGAAGCAGGCGAACAGAGAGGCGCCAGACCACAAAAUAUCAGACAAAGUGAACUCGUUAUUCGAAUUCCUGCGUGAAAAUCACCUUCUCGAGUAUUGCACUGCGUUCUACGACAAGAAAUCGAGUCCAUCGUAUGGAGUUGUCAUAUGGUCUGUGGACUACUGUGCAACGGACUGUAUGUACGAGAGCGACAUACUUGUGGGAUGCAGUCAAGGCCUUGAGGGACACGCAUGUGCAAGGAAGAAGAUCGAUUCAGCAGCAGCAGGAGUUGGUGGCGAGAGUGUGGCAGACAAGGAAGGACACCUCAGGAUGCAAAACGCAAUGGGAGAUGAGUUCAGUGAGCGGCCAUCGAGCACACCGCAACCAACACUUAGACCAUCAGAAGGUAUCAGUGCAGUGGGAGCCAGAAGUGAGACAACACCAACAACAGGCGGGGAAGUUGUUGGCGAUGACGGUAAGGACGAAAAGAUUGAAGAGGACCAGCGACAAAAAGCAUCAGACGAAGAAGAGCCAAAAUUUCAGGCACAUGAGGUAUUGAAGGCGAUGCCAGGGAAUGUCGAUUCACAUUCCAAGCAGUCACAAGGAACACACGAUACGACUGUCAUCACUGUACAGGCGCAAGGCACCGACGAAGACACAAGGGAACAAAGUGCACAUGAGAAAGAUGGGGAGGAAGGACCAGUGCUUAUGGAAUGCAUUGGUCCAGGAACGCAAAUAGUUUCGGAGUCAACCAUGGGAGAAAGAAGAGCUGACGUGGAGGGUGUCGGUGGGGCAGAGCAUGAAAAAGUUCCAAGAACGACAAACACAGGGAGAGGGAGGAGGAAAAUGAGAAUGAAGAGGAGGCGAACAAGAGUCAGAGUGUGAUCAACUUGGUGGACCGGUCAGGUGAGAACGAAGAAACAUCUGACAAGGAAGAAGCGAAAGAGUCGGGAGAGGAGUCUCAAGAAAG